AUGAGGCCGGUCCAUUGGGACUCGGACCGGUUCCCGAACCGGACCAAUCAGGCGGGGCCAAAGGGCCUCUUCUCCACUAGUGUCACUAAAGAAGUUGAACAGGCCGUCCUUCCAAACGGGAGUGUUGCUGUGAAGAGGAUCAGGAACAACCAUUCCAUUGAUGAGAAACUAUUUGACCGUGAAGUUGAUAGCCUGUUGACGAUUAAUCAUCAAAAUGUGGUACGGUUUCUUGGAUUCUGUGCUAGCACAGAACAUACAGCAGUAAAAAUUGAAGGAUCAAGACAACAUAUUUACGCUGAGAUGAGAGAAAGAUUGCUCUGUUUUGAGUAUAUCAGCAAUGGAAGCCUAAAAAAUCAUAUUACUGAUGAAUUAAGGGGACUAGAAUGGAAUACACGUUACCAAAUAAUCAAGGGUAUCUGCGAAGGGUUGCAUCAUCUGCACAAGGAAAAACAUAUAUUUCAUAUGGAUUUGAAACCUGCCAAUAUACUUUUAGAUAAUCAAAUGAGGCCAAAAAUUACGGAUUUUGGUCUAUCAAGGCUCGAUGAAAAAUCAGAAACCAUGAGCGAAGACCGUUGUGGAUCACUAGGAUAUUGUGCUCCAGAAUACCUAUCGAAUGGCAAGAUGUCAUUCAAAUCAGACAUGUUUAGUUUGGGCAUUGUAAUCACCGAACUGGUGACUGGAGCGAAGGGUAUCCCUGAAAAUAAUAAGAACAAUGUACUUAGAAAAUGGAGGCACAGAUGGAAAAAAACAGGGAAGGAAACACCAUUGAUUUACCAACAAGUAGCAAAAUGCAUGGAAAUUGGGUUGCUCUGCCAGGAAAUUGACCCAUCCAAACGGCCUUUUAUAUGGGAUAUGAUACAUGAUAUCAGAGAAAUAGAAGGUGUUAAUGGUAAAUUCAGUGAUGACUGUGGAUAUACAUUUGGGCAGAUAAGCCCUUACUCAGAGGAUGAUAUGCUUGGGGUUGAACCACUCGAGCUACAUUUUCCUUUUGAGAUUAACAAGCAGAUAUCAUGCUCACUUAAGCUAACCAACCAGACCGAUGCUUACAUUGCCUUCAACAUCCAAAAGAUGAGCCCCCUUCCAUACCACAUGCAGCCGAACAAAGGCAUUGUGCCGCCACAAUCUAAGUGUAGUGUUGACGUAACAUUGCAACCACAGCACAAGGCACCAUGGGAUAUGCAGCGUGCUGACGAGUUCGUUGUGUGGAGCACCAAAGUGAAUGGUCUUUCAGCUGAGGAUAUAACUAUAAACAUGUUCAAUAAAGAGAGUGGUGUGGCUGAUGCGAUGAACUUGGAUGUUGUUUUUCAUACAGAAGAGAGCACCAUAGUAAGCAAGGAACUCAUACUGCACAGUAUCACUGAAGACAUGUCCAACAUUAAGAUAGAUGGUACAAUGGGGAACGUGAAGAAAUCUCAGGAGUAUUUGUUGCUAACGCCCUUGCGGAUGUCAAGCACAUGCAGUCAUAAUCAUCGAGAGCCAGAAAAGGAGUCCAGUGAGCCACACGAAGCAAGUGAAAAAACCAGUGAGGUGAGUUGA